AGAAAAUACAAACCAAUAUCGCUCUAUUUUUAAAAUAGCGUGCAUCAGCUUUUGUGUAAUAUUUAGAUGAUGAAGGUGGUCUGAAUCACGAAAAACAUUCGGCUAUAUUUAAGUUAUGUUUAAGUGAGAUCAGAGUUCAGUCUUAUUUUUGAGUUUGAAAGUGAUUUUUGUUAAUUGAACCCAUACCAAGAUGUCUGUAGUACCACUUCUUUACCGCGAUUGGUGGGACGAAGAAGAUUGGUUCACACGUCCUUCCCGUCUUCUGGAUCAACAUUUCGGAGUCGGUUUGAGGCGUGAUGAUUUGAUGAACUCUAUUAGGUCAUUCCCCAGAAGCUCUGCUUUGACCAGAAACUAUUUGAGACCGUGGAACACAUCUACCGUUCUACAAAGACAAGAAUCCGGAUCUACGAUUCAACAGGACAAGGAGAAAUUCCAGAUCAUCCUCGACGUCCAACAUUUCGGUCCGAAUGAAAUUACAGUGAAAACGACAGGCAACAGCAUCUGCGUCGAAGGCAAACACGAAGAAAAGCAAGACGAGCACGGUUUCAUCUCCAGACACUUUGUGCGCCGCUAUCUUUUGCCUGCGGAAAACGACAUCGAGGAAGUCGUGUCCUCCUUGUCGUCAGAUGGUAUCUUAACCAUUACCGCACCAAAGAAAGUCGACAAACCCAAGAACACCGACAGGGUGGUGCCCAUUCAACAAACUGGACCUGCCAAGUCUACUGUGACUCCCUCCACUCCUGAACCUAAAGUUGAACAUCCUACCAACUAAUAAAUUGGAUUUUACCAGGAUUAAUUUGCUAAUUGUUAUAGUUUAUUUUCUUUGUUUUGUAUACUAAUGCUGUGAAUAAAUAAUAUUUUUUUAACUUAAAAUUAGUGUUAGUCUAAGAGCAAGCUCAUCUGGGAGACAGGCAACCCUAGUUCAAAAUACGUUGAAAUUGAUGUGGCUGGUUUGUGUUUGCUGGCUAAUUUAAUCUUUUUUUCAAGAAAGCCAGUAGUUUACAUAGUACCUAACUUAAGAAUAAGUACAAUUCUUUUCAAAUUGGGCCCUGGCCUCCGAAAAGGUAAGCCUUAACCCGUCGCGGUCCAAAGCUUCUCUUCCCAUCCUUCCUUUAUGUCUUUCCACACAUUCGGCUCUUAAGUGCUUUCUUUGGUAGUCUCUCUUCUGGUAUUCUGAUCACAUGACCCGCCCAUCAAAGUCUUUGCAGCCUGAUGAAUUCAGUUGCUAUAGUUCGUGAUUGUAGCGUGUUUUCUAUAUCCCUUUCUCAUUUAUCCCCUAUAUAAUUUCCGGAGGAUUUUUCUUUCAAAAAACCUCCAGCUUGCUUUAUAGGCUGUCAGUCAUGACACUCAUGACCCAUGUUUCGCAUCCAUAACACAAUGUAUCUGAUGCUUUAUUCACGAUGAAUGGUCCGGACAGAAAUACUUGUGACAAACAGAAGAAUGCCUUAUUUGUCAUCUGUAUUCUGUUUUGUAUUUCGUCUUCCUCGAUCCCCGAUGUGUUUAUUUCAAUUCCCAGGUAUUUGAAGCUCUGAACUGUUUCAAGGUCGUUCUCCAGCUCUAGUGCCUCUGCCAUUGUUGUUUCUGUUCAAUAUUAUUUAUAGUUAAGGUUUGAUAGCAAAAAAACCACCACUGUUUAGUAUAGUUAUAAUGUAUUUGUCAUAUUGGUCAUAUUUAUGCCAAGAUUAUCUAUGGUCAGGACACUUGUCACAUAUAGCAUGUAAUAAUGAAUGUAAUAAUUUUCGCUAUUCAUUAAAUAUAAUAUACAUGUAACGUUUUAAUUGUUUAGUUUGGAAUAAUAUAGAUAUCACAAAGUUUAAACAGUUUCUUCUUAUUCGA